AUGACGUCUUCUGCCUCCCAUCACCAACAUCCUUCGUCUUCAGUCGCUGAAUUUUCUGCUCACCAAACCGCUCCUUCCUCCAACAUCGACCCGAACGGUAACAUCGCCACGAGUGGCUAUGCGCCAAAUGAAAGUCAACUUGCUGGGCUGGUAGAGGCUGCUACUGCAGCAGCUGGUCAAGACGUAUCGCCGGAAUGGGCCGCCGCCGCCGCAGUCGCCGCCGCCGCUGGUGCUGCCGGCCAUCAGCAUCAUCUAGAUGGCUACCCCUCGGAUAUGCAUAUCGAGGAUGAUAGCUUUGCAGAUGCAGGUUUUGGGACAGGGCUGGGCGCUGGAAGACAGUUACGAGCUCCAGGGCCAUCCGCCAACGAACACAGUCAGCCUUCCGGACUGUCAAGAACUGUGUCAAAGAAGAGAAAAAGAGAUGGCCCACUUGACCCAGCCUUAACAGCAUCCGGACCUGGUGGUCAUCAGCAGCAGCCGCAUCAGCACAAUACGCAUCAUUAUGGUGGUGAAAGUCUAGAUAUCCGCAGCUUUGUUCCGCCAACCCUCGAGCAACAAGAAAUACACACGACCACCCAUGUCGAGGCUUUUCUCUUCACUGGAACUAUCACCAGAAAACUUCCUACAUUUACAAGCCGCUGCCAAGCAUAUAUGCUAGAUGAUAAGCAUCCAGAACGACGUGAGUGUGUCGGUCAACGUGGCAAGGGGGACACGGAAAUGGUUAAAUUGAGACUUUGGAAUUGUGUGCGCCACUUUCUCGAAAUUGAAGGGCAUGGUGAACGCUUUUUCGGUGAAAAUGUAGUCAACGAGGGCAUGGGCCCCAGGACCUAUGUAUGGCCGCGGGACCAGCAGAAAAUCAUUGCACUUGUCAUUCCACUGCUGCGGCGUAUGGUCACCAACGAACGACAGAGGCAAUAUGCCGUCGAGACGAGGAAAGGGGGUGGAUCAGAGGAACGACGACGAAGGAAAACUGAAGACAGCCUCCAGAAUAUGAAUAGUGCUAGUCCCCCGAAGUUCCCUGUUGAGGAACAACUCCAGAUGCAUGCACAACAUCAUCCUCCCGAAGGGUAUGCGCCAACCCACCCCGAGUUGGGGGCGACUUCCCAAGACAUGGAGCUGGGCCUGACAGAUCUUCUUCCCGACAGCUAUCCAGCUGACUGGAAUGCCAUCUCCAAAACGUACGAAACCUACAAUCAGAACUACGAGCUCGACAACCUGUGGUAUCUCUCAGGCCUACAGCAGCCGGAUUGGCGUGGGUUAGUAGCUGCUGUUGACAGCCAUUACCAGGUCAUUCACAACGGCGGUUUUGAUUGCCCUUCACCAUGUGAGGAUGAGAAUAUCAACCAUAUCUUACAUGCAAACUCCGUGUCGUGUUUACGGUGGAGGGUUGGUGGGGAUCGAAAUCAAGUUGCCAGGAAUGAGUUUGCCAGCAGUAUCACCCGUGACCUUUCUCGCAUUAUCCGGGAUAAUAUUGCAACGAAGCAUGGCGUGCAAACGUCAACCGACGACCACGCGUCCAUGCACCCAUCAAAUUUUCCACCCCUCCCCGCGGGUCUAACUAUGCCAAACCCGCCGACAACCUCUCAAGCGCCGAUAUCUUUGCGAAUCAAUAUCAUGCAGAACGGUAAACGUGUCCUUCCGCGGGUAGAUCUUCCUGCAGGACACUGUCAGGACCUUGAGACUUUGAAACAGCUACUCUGCCGUCGAUUCGCGGGCCAGUUGCCAGGUCUACCUUCUGACCCAUCGCUGGACCCUGCAGCCUGGGUGUCUUCAGUUGGCUGGAGAUUCAGAGUCUGGUUGCCCGAGGGCUUGACUCCUGUCCAGAAUGACGGCGACUGGACGAUCGCAAUCCUCUCUGCCGGUAACGUAGACUGGAUGGACGGUGAUCUACGAGUUCUUGUAGAGCUGGAGAGCACCUCUUAG